AUGGCUUUGUCGCUCCGCCGCCGCGUGGUCGUCAUCAUCGUAAUUGUGUACGCUUUGGUUCAGGUGCUCAGUCUGACUUACGUUUUGCCCACAGCGAAUAUCGCGACCAAUCAUCGCGACUCCAUAUACCAUAGGACGCCAUGGCUUCUUAUUCGGCCUGCUCGCCUGAGGAGCUCUGGAAGUCUGUCGUUGUCAAGAAUACGUUCCUCGACGUGGACGUGGAACCACUGUAUGAACGCCGUGCGCGGGCUUCGUCCACGCCUCCCGCACUGCGAUGCCAACCCGACCGAUUCAGCAAGGAGCUGCCUCGGCACGAGCUGGACGACGCUGCCUCCACAGACGGCGGCGAGACAUGCUCAAGUGGCGAUGCGAGCUCUUCGGCUGGAGACCUCGGGUAGGCAGUUCCAGAGCUGCCCCGCGUGA